AUGUCUAUAUCGCAAAUUUGGCUUGCGUCGGGAGAAUACAAAAGUGGUGAUCUUAACACCAUUGAAGCUGGCUGGCAAGUUCUGCCGCAGUUGUAUAACGACACCAAGCCUAGGCUAUUCCUUUUCUGGACGAGUAAUGCAUACAGAACCGGAUGUUAUAACGUCCGAUGCGCAGGUUUUGUCCAGACGAGUAGUAGUAUUGUCGUCGGAGGCUCCAUUUCUCCUGUUUCUUCCUACGGAGGAAGCCAAUUUGAGAUAGCCAUCCAAGUAUGGAAGGAUCGAGAAUAUGGUAACUGGUGGCUAAGUCUAGGGUCCAACAACGAAUUGGUGGGCUACUGGCCAGCGGAGAUCUUUACGACAUUGGCUGAUCACGCAAGCGUCGUACAAUGGGGCGGUGAAGUUGUUAACUGGCAGCGUUUUGGCCGACACACGACGACCCAGAUGGGGUCCGGCCACUUCCCCGAAGAAGGCUUUGGGAAAAGCAGUUAUUUCUGCAACCUGGAAACUGUAGAUAUCAACAACAGUCUCCAGCCAGUUCAAGAGUUGAAGAGACUG